AUGUUCCUGCAUUCUGUGUUCCGGCUCUCUUGUCUACCACUCUUCCACGGUGCCCACGACAACGCGGCGGGGGUCGCGACGAGAGCAACAACUGCAGCAGCAGCAGCAGCAGCAGCAGCAGCAGCAGCAGCAGCAGCAGCAGCCGCAGCAGCAGCAGCAGCAGCAGCAGCAGCAGCAGACGACUACGAGCACCGGGAGCACGGGCAGCAGCAGCAGCAGCAGCAGCAGCAGCAGCAGCAGACGACUACGAGCACUGGGAGCACGGGCAGCAGCAGCAGCAGACGACUACGAGCACCGGGAGCACGGGCAGCAGCAGCAGCAGAUGACUACGAGCACCGGGAGCACGGGCAGCAGCAGCAGCAGCAGCAGCAGCAGCAGCAGCAGCAGCAGCAGCAGCAGCAGCAGCAGCAGCAGCAGCAGCAGCAGCAGCAGCAGCAGCAGCAGCAGCAGCAGCAGCAGCAGCAGCAGUAG